AUGUCCUAUGGGCACCAUUUGCGUGGUCCUCCACCUUUACGACGGAGAACCGAGCAUAACACUCAUUGUCGCAAUUUAGUGGAUCGCUACCGGCUCCAAGAUCUGCAUCAUCCCGGCCAACUCGGAGAUCUUGGGACAACUCAAGUGGGUGUGGUUUUCGGACAACGAGCGGGACAUCCGUCAGCUUGGGACGUUCGACGCCGCCAGUCGGGGGGUGGUUGGCGCCGCGCAGUUGCUUUGGACUCUGCGAGGCAAGCACCUGUCAGUCCUGAGCGCUGUGGCCACAAUCCUGGCGUACACCAUGGACCCCUUUGCCCAGAACCCUAUCUGGUGCGCUACCAGUCCGCCUCGAUUCUCGACAGAUCCCAAUUUGCCCUGCUCGAUGUACAGUUCAAGCCCACAGAAGCUCUGGGGAGUUCCGAAGUUCAAUUGCCCGUCGAGCAACUGCACAUGGCCGUCAACCGCGUCUCUGGAGGCCCAGUUCCUCUGUGCCAAUGUCACCGACCAGCUCCGGUAGUGACGUGGACUAUAACGGCCCUCGCGCUUGCUUGCACCAUGCAGAAGACCAGGGGGAGGGUCCCGAUCUCCGUCACAACCACCGGCGUGGCCAUGGAGGAAGAGGAUAGCCCGUCGAGAGACGACCGCCCGCCGUGGAGGCUGUUUGAGAGUGACGGUCGGGCCUCGUCUUCUGUUUCCCCAACUCGCAUCCUCUUUCCUUCGAUUACAUACACGCCGGUCGUGCCAUUCCGACAACCAUUCACCAUGGUUUCCAUUCUUCUUCUCUCUCUUCUCAGCACUGCGAGCCUUGCAUUUAAGGAACCUGCUGCCGAUGUUGCUCCAAGUACGUUAUCUGCUUCCACUGCUCCAGACACAGCCCCGACACCAAUGGGUUCGACACCCACUGCGUGCCCCAAUACAUUCUCGACCUCCACUUCCAGAACUACGUCUACUCUGACGUCUACUGUGACAUCUACGUUGACCUCUACGUUGACCUCUACGUUGACUGCUCCUUCUUCAACGACCCCAUCCUCAACCCCCACUGCCUGCCCCAACACCUACACCGGCUCUGCCUCGAGCUCCACGCCUCCCACUACCAGCGCGCCAACUACCACCCCCCCUACUGGUUUCAUUACGACUGUCACAGAGACAUUCACCAUCACCCUUGAUUAA